GGAGGAGGAGGAAAAGAAAAAGAAGAAGAAGAAGUUGGAGGGGGAGGAGGAGAAGAUGGGAGAGGAGCAGAAGAAGAAGAAGAAGAAACUGAAGCUGACUGCUGACCGCCCACUGUCACAACUUUCUGACGGGUCACUGAUUUCUCUGUAACACCUGCUACACACCUGGUUAAUCAUCACCUUUUAAUGGGAAGUUGGAUCGAGCGAUGGAAAAUAAAGACGGUCCUCUGCAAGGAGCGAGCCAGGCUGACUGGUUUGUCACAAAAGUCAAAGUGGCGCUGGCGGUGGCUAUACUGAAGACGAAGCCCUCGGGCGUGAGCGGCAGAGAGUAUGUCGAGGCUCUGGCGCGCAAGCUGGAGAGUCGGGAUGAGGGCUGGAAGAAUAAAGCCGAGGAGCUGCAGCAGGAGGUUCUGAGGCUGCGACAGGAGCUGCUCAUCGCCAGAGCGACGUCCAGCGCAAGGAGCAGCGAUGAGGCAGCAGGUCAUGAUGUCAUGAUGGAGGGUUCAGAGGAUCUGUUUGGUCCAGAGAGUGUCAGGCCCAACACAGACCUUCAGCUAGGCAGCGACUCAGAGACUCCUGAACUCUUUCCGCUGGACCCCCAACCCACCAUCAUCUCCCCCCAGCCUCCCACUCCACCUCUCUCCAGUCAUCGUGCAAGUCCCGGAGGGAAAGCCAUUCAAGCUCAUGCGCAGUUCCUGCAGUCGCUUUGUUCCCUUCACAGAGUUAAAGGGAACGACAGAGGCCUGGAGUCACUGUGGUUCCGCCCUGAUGACGACGCAGGGUCAGUGUUGGUGGACUCCGUGUGUCAGCUUCUGGACUCUAUAGUGGCGGCGUGCAGGGAUCCUCCUCUGCUGGGACCUUGUGACCUCAUCCUGCAGGCCUGCCAGGUCGCAGCCCAGGCGAUGGACCUGUUCUGCUCUCAGAGGCUGCCGUCUGUGGAGUUCAUGAGGCGUGUGGAGGGGUCACUGAGGGAGCUGACGGGGAUGCUGCUGCACUGGAAUCAGCUCAGCAGGCUCCAGGCUGCAGAGAACCUGACGGAGUACCUGAUUGCGCUGGGGAGCAGCAGCAUGUCAAAGUCCUUUCUCAUUCGUCACAUCCUCUCUCAGAUCUGCGCUCUGGCUGAUCAGCUCUGGCAGGCCUUCCAGGAAGGCUCAGGGCUCGACAUGUUUCCCGUGGACCAGUAUCAAAAUUCAUGCCACCUGUUCUGGAUACUGGAGACACUCCUGGAGAAGGUACCGUGCAGGGUGGAGGUUGGGUCGGAGGAGAUGGGCUUCCUGAGCCACUUGGAACAGCAUGUCUUCCUACUGUCAAAUGAGUUUCCCUUGUUUUCCAUCUAUAUGUGGAGAAUAGGAGGUCUUCUCACCUCAUCAGACAGAAAAGAUCCUCCAGGUGCAAAGGACAAGUAGACUUACACUUUUUACCAGCAUCUGUAGAAGCCUGCGCUGUGGCAGGGUGCUAAAAAGAAGUAGAAAGACUCAUGUCACAUUUGCAAGGACCAUUAUCUCCAAAACAAGUUAGAAGAAACAAGUUUGGCAUUUACAUAUUUUUCUUACAUUUAAUGACUCCCUCAAAAACAUCAAAACUGCCAAUAAAGCAAUCUUGGCAAUCAAAUCAUCUGAAACCUCUUAUCACAUUAACUGCAAAAUAAUGUAAAACCUUGAAAGUCAUUGAAAACUCUUUGCACGGUAGUUAAUUUCAAUGCAGUAAUACACACACCGUUCUGCUGCCACAAAUACUCACUAGAGGACAGAAUCAGAUUAAUCCUCUGAUGAAAAUAGUCCCCAAUAGGAACUAUUUCCUCCUGUUGAACAAUAUUGUGCCUUUAUUUUUGCCUUAAAACUUGUUGGUGUCAUUUUUUAGUCACACAGUGUGGCGCGACGGACUAGCAUGUUGUUGGUGUUGGUCUUUUUAUGUUGUCUUAAAGAGAAAUAUGGUGGCUGAAUGUGUUCAUUUAACUAGCAAAUUUUAAAAAACAGACGGACUUGUCAAUAAAAUCAUCUAAAAACCUCUUAAAAUAAUCAAAAAUCCAUACAAAAUAAUAUAAAACCUUGAAAGUCAUUGAAAACUCUGUGAAAUUGUAUGGUUGUUUAUUUUGACUCACACACACACCAUCCUAAAUUACCCUCCUUGUCUUUGAAAAACUAAAGGUAGUAACAUAAUAAAACUUGAAGCAGUUUUGUCAAACUAUGGCGCCCAAGACUUUCUGCCCUGUUUAAGUGUUUAUUUAUUGCUGUUGUAGAACACAUUCACUGAUGAUUUUAAUCUUAGAGUGAGUGGAUUGGAUAUGUUUGCAGUAACUCCCAUCUGGAGGGAAUAUGAUCAGUAAAAACUGUGGAAAAUGUUUCUUCUUCAGGCUGUUUGGUUUUAAUUUGCUCAUUCUGUUAAGUGUUAUGAAAUGCAUAACUGCACAACUGAGUGGGAAAAAUAGAUUCAGACAUUUUUUACUAUCAA